AAUGCAUGGUCGAGGCAAACACGGUUAUUUCCCCUCUCCCUCUCGUGUCGAUGUGCACAUCUUCUUUCUUUUCUCGCCACAUUUCUUUUCUUUUGCUUCUACGGGUGUAUCGUCGCAGAUCAAGAAAGAAGCCGUCAUUGUUCACACCUUUUCCCCCAUCCUCAAGCUGACCCACGAACAGAGACCACACACACAGACACGCACACAAGUGAUGGCACAACUAUACGUGCACUACGCAAGCCACGUGGCGGACGUUAACGCAACUCUUCCCUACAACGCCGCAGAUGCCGAUGUUCGUGCAUCGCUGUCGCGUCUGUACGGCGACGGUUUGUCGCAAGUGGUGAGUUUCAUGGACCCGCAGUUCAUCACCCGACAUCUCCGAACCCUGAGUGCCGUGUGUCCACAGAUGAGACUGGACACGGAGGCGCUGACAAAAAGAGCUGACGUUGGAGAGAACUGUCGUGGUGUCGUGACACAAGACAACCACCUGAUCUACCGGAUCGCGUCGGUGAAACGCGGUCUAACUCCACAAAGGCUUGCGGAGUCGCUGUGGUGGGCGGAUCGGUGCGGGCUGCCGCUGACUGUCACCGUCGGCAAUGAGCGCAGAGACGUGCUGGCGUCUCUCACGGAUCGUGUGCGAGACCGAGUGGAGGAGCUGCAGAUCUAUGUCGACACAGUAGCUGCGAGCGUGCAAAACUUCGCAGCGGCGCGCGACGGUCAGUGCGGCAACUUUCUCUGUGCGCUUUUGACGUUUCCAAACAUGACAAAGCUGUUGAUUGCGUGCAGUGAAGCUGAUGCUGGCGCUCGUGCAUCUGUCGAUGUGAAUCACGCGUUGCAGUGUGCAGCGCAGCUGCCGAUCAGCCAGCUAUGCAUUCGAGGUUUUAUGGGGCUGACGAAUCUCUCCGCACUGGCGGAAUCGCAGCACCUUCAACACCUGACAGCCACCCGUUGUAGAAUACAGUCGGUAACAGAGUU